CAUGUGACGUUCCCAAACCCAUGCUUACAGGUCACUACCUUAACUACCUCUUCAUUUGAAUUCACAAAUUUACCAUCAACAGCCCCACUUCCAAAAUCCUUACCUACUCGAAAAGCAUACUCCAUACACCAGUCCAGAAUUGUAAUUGUCCAAUUAUAUAUCUUUUUUAUCAAAAUCCAUAGCCAGGGAAAAACAGAAAAUUCAUAAAUAUCAGUAAGCAGGCCCAACUAGCUGCAACACUAGCAUUAUCUGCAAUAACCGAAAUAUCGGAGAUUGUAAUCGCAAAGACGAAACACUAAUGGCCAGGAAGUUUUUCGUUGGCGGCAACUGGAAAUGCAAUGGAACAAGUGAAGAAGUGAAGAAGAUAGUCUCCACACUCAAUGAAGGGCACGUGCCAUCCUCAGAUGUGGUUGAGGUUGUGAUAAGCCCUCCAUUUGUGUUUCUCCCGCUGGUGAAAGAUUCACUGAAGCCUGAUUUUCAUGUUGCGGCUCAAAAUUGUUGGGUCAAGAAAGGUGGUGCUUUUACCGGCGAAGUUAGUGCGGAAAUGCUUGUGAAUCUGAGUAUUCCUUGGGUAAUUCUUGGCCAUUCUGAAAGAAGACUUCUUUUAAGCGAGUCAAAUGAGUUUGUUGGGGAUAAGGUUGCAUAUGCACUUUCUCAAGGUUUAAAGGUAAUAGCUUGCGUCGGUGAGACUCUCGAGCAGCGUGAAGCGGGAUCUACCAUGGAUGUUGUUGCUGCACAAACCAAAGCAAUAGCAGAACGAGUAAAGGAUUGGGCAGAUGUUGUUUUGGCAUAUGAGCCUGUGUGGGCUAUUGGAACAGGGAAGGUUGCAACUCCUGCUCAGGCACAGGAAGUGCAUUUUGAACUGAGGAAAUGGCUUAAAGAGAACACCAGUUCACAAGUUGCUGCAACAACCAGGAUUAUCUAUGGAGGGUCAGUCACUGCUACAAACUGCAAGGAAUUGGCAGCACAGCCUGAUGUUGAUGGAUUUCUGGUUGGUGGAGCCUCUCUAAAGCCGGAGUUCAUUGAAAUUAUCAAGUCCGCAGAGGUGAAGAAAAGUGUCUGAGCACAGCAAUAGGUAUUGGCUGGUGACUCGUUGAAGCUUAUGUUUUGGGGAGGUAUAGAAUCCAUCCUGUAUAAUUAUAAUAGACAUACUUUUCCGGAGGAAAUAAAUUUUUUGGCUUUUGUAAUGAUAUACUGCACAUCAAAAUGGUUUUAUAUUGAAUAAAUCCAACUAUUUCUUUCUUCA